CUUCUAGAGAAAAGUCAGUUUUUAAUGAAGCUUGGGUCUUCUUUGCUGUCUGUGCCCCAUGGAGCCAUUUUCCUGUGGGUCUUAUUUCAGGUCCCCAGAUCUCUAAACCUAGAAAAACACUGCUCAGUCUCCUGUCACCAGCUGGCACUGAUUAUAGAAUGCCUUUAAUGAGAAUGGCAGCUGAGAACUCCUCUGUGACAGAAUUUAUCCUUGCAGGCUUAACCAACCAGCCCGGACUCCGGAUGCCCCUCUUCUUCCUGUUUCUAGGUUUCUAUGUGGUCAUUGUGAUGGGGAACCUGGGUCUGAUAACCCUGAUUGGGCUGAAUUCUCACCUGCACACCCCCAUGUACUUCUUCCUCUUCAACUUGUCCUUCAUAGAUUUUUGCUAUUCCACUGUUAUCACUCCCAAGAUGCUGAUGAGUUUUGUCUCAAAGAAGAACAUCAUCGCCUACGCAGGGUGUAUGACUCAGCUCUUCUUUUUUCUUUUCUUUGUUGUCUCUGAGUCCUUCAUCCUGUCAGCAAUGGCAUAUGACCGCUACAUCGCCAUCUGUAACCCACUGGUGUACACAGCCACCAUGUCUCCUCGGGUCUGCUCGCUUCUUCUGUUGGGUGUCUAUGUGAUGGGGUUUGCUGGGGCCAUGGCCCACACGACAUGCAUGGUGAGACUGACCUUCUGUGCCAACAAUCUGGUUGACCACUACAUGUGUGACAUCCUUCCCCUUCUUGAGCGCUCUUGCACCAGCACCUAUGUAAAUGAGCUGGUAGUUUUCGUUGUCGUGGGCAUUGAUAUUGGCGUGCCCACAGUUACCAUCUUCAUUUCUUAUGCCCUCAUCCUCACCAGCAUUCUCCGUAUUCGUUCCACUGAGGGCAGGUCCAAAGCCUUCAGCACAUGCAGCUCUCACAUAAUUGCUGUUUCUCUUUUCUUUGGGUCAGGGGCAUUUAUGUACCUCAAACCAUCCUCUCUUUUACCUAUGAAUCAGGGGAAAGUGUCCUCCUUGUUCUAUACCACCGUUGUGCCCAUGCUCAACCCGCUAAUCUAUAGCUUAAGAAAUAAAGACGUCAAAGUUGCUCUGAAGAAAUCAUUGAGCAAAAAGACAUUCUCUUGAGAAAGGGACAAUACUUAGGAAAGCGUUUUUUUUCUCUUUCCUUAUAUAAUUCAGGUUCCAUUGGUUACAUAGAGGAAACU